GAUUUCAGGUUGUGUGGUAUCAUAAUCUGUCGUCGUAACGUAUGCAUGCACGUACUUCUAGGGAAUAGGAUCAGCCAAUCACAUUUGCUAAUUUACCUUUCUCGCUUAUAGCGUAGCGCUUGCAUGUUUCAAAAGCCACUCUUAACCUUUUUUUUUCUACACACUUUAUGCAAACCGACAUGAACGAUCGGACGUGCCCAAAGUGCUCGUCAGCACUACAAACUUUUUCCAUCAACUUUAACUGUAAAGUAAUAAUGUGCCAGAAUGUAAAGUGUCCAUACCCGUUUGAUCAGCCUUCAGCAGAAAGUCUCCUAGAGAAGGAUGUCUCUAUACCCCGGAUCAAAAAGUACAGCAAAGAAAAAGAUGGACGAUCGCCAACCUUGGCGCCCAAUACUGCGCCAGGUGCGUUUCCUUUGGAAGAUACCAUUGAGAACUUAUUGUUGAACGCGCGUAUGCAGGGACAUCUUGGAAACCUUUCUACCGAGCCAUCUCAAGUUGACGUUCAUCCUCAUGGCAAUGCUAUUGCCUCAACGGAUAAAGAUAAAGCACCUGUCAUAACCUCUACUUGUCCUACUCCAGCAAAGGAAACCAAUUAUUCGCUACAAGAAAUCGAAAAUUUAUUACAACAAGAUAUGGAUUCUACAAGUGUACAAGAUGACCUGGAGCACUUCUUUACUACAAGUCAUGACAGUGAGACACCCGAGGGCAGCGAAGAUGGUGCAUCCACUCCAAAAUAUCAGCAACAGCCCGAUGUCACUACGCCCUUGAAUGAUCAAUCGGGUCUGUUCAAAGGGCUGGAUGAUAUAUUGGGCGAUGCGUGGAGCAAGAAUUGCGAUCCUUUCAGCACAGAAUUGGAUUCAUUGUUGGGCAUAUAAUCCGAAAGAAUCUACGUAUACCUUUUUUAUUUUUUUCUUUUCAUCCACCUCGUCUUUUAUUUCGGAACAAACAAUAUAACAUUGCUGCACUCCUUUCCCUAGUCCUGCAUAUCUGUACAAAGUCACUUCAUCCACAAUUGUAUACAUUAUAUAUAAACACAUAUUCACCCCUCCCCCCCUGUUUUUAACUUUGAAAACGAUAGAGCAAUGGCUUGGUUCAGAGAAUUUGGUUCUUCUGGUGAUCAAUGCACGCGUAACAAGCGACG